GUCUGUAAUAUCCAGCUGUCUGUCUAUGAAGAGUGACCAGUCUAAAGGUCUUCCUAUAUUCUUCAGUAAUGAACCUGGACCCUCAGACACAAAACAGAAAGCAGAGUCUGUAAUAUCCAGCUGUCUGUCUAUGAAGAGUGACCGGUCUAAAGAGCAUCCUCUAGUCUUCAGUAAUGAACCUGGACCCUCAGACACAAAAGAGAGGAAGAGGAGGGCUGUUUCUGUGGAGGAGCAGCUGUCCUGCUGUUCUUUGUGUCAGAUAGCCCUGAAGGAUCCAGUCUCUACCAGCUGUGGAUACUGGUUCUGCAGACAGUGCAUCACCUCAUACUGGGACCAUCAUCAGAAGACUACUGAUUCAUCAAAAGGCCCCUUCUGUCCCAAGUGUAGGAAAAGAUCCAGAACCAGACCUGAACUACAGACAGAGAGUCAGACCAGCACUGUACAAACAGAAAGUGAAGUCAUCAGUCAGCGUGCUAUUGACAAACCUUAUUGA